UGUGACGACAUAUGAUUCGCCGGCAGGAUCGAUGACAUAUCUCUCUCGCGUACGGAAAUCACCGCUCGGACCGACGUUCCUCCGCAUCGCACUUAUGAAUCGCCCAGCGAAUGCCGAGAGAGUACGGAUUCAGUUCUGCGUCUCGAUUCAAACUGGCUCGCAUAACCGGCUCUGUUUUGGCGCGAAGUUGCUUUAUGACAAGUAGUUCAUGCGGAAGGUACCGACUGACGUUUGAAUCACCUCGCCGUGCACACCGACGCAAGGACAAUGGAAAAUUUAAAAACGAUUCAGGAUGCACGUUUAAAAAAAUUCAUGAUAGAUAGCAACGAUGCGCUGGAAUUUAAGUUGAUCCGUAAUAUUGAGGACCUGGAUUCCGAAGAAGCUGUAUUCAAACCGGAAAUGUCCCAUCAAGUGUUUGGGGCAAUGGAAACCAUAUUUGGCUACUGUGAUUUAAAGGUACAGUUGUACUAUACAGCAGGUUGCUUGGAAACUUUCUUGGGAAUGACCUAUACGGAGAAAGCAAGUGAUCUUGAUUUCAAGGGAGUGGAACCUGACAAAGUUUUAACAAAGAUGGCUGAGAAGCUCGCGCCAAAUGUUCACUAUAGUCUAGAUACUUUUAUUAGUGCGCUUAAGAAGGAUGAUACAUUCAAACCAGAGGGAGAAUUGCUGUAUUCGUUCACGAUAAAUGACAAUGGCACAGCAAGGCAAUUCGAAGUCUACAAGGCAGAUAUAAACUGCAAAAAGUUCAAAGAAUAUCACCAGAGGGUUCAAACGUUUCUUCUUUGGUACAUAGAUGCGGCUAAUUUCAUUGAUAUUGAUGAUGAACAGUGGAGUUACUUUAAUAUGUUUGAAAAAUAUACUACAUCCACCGGUGCAUCCCGAUAUGGAACUGUUGGUUUCGUCACAGUUUAUCGAUAUUAUGCGUACCCGCAGCACAUUCGACCGCGCAUCGCGCAAGUUGUCAUUCUACCGCCGUUCCGACAGAUGGGCCUCGGCACACAGCUGUUGCAAGCGAUUUAUCGCGAAUACGUUGGGAUGAACGAAGUUAAAGAUAUAACGGUUGAGGAUCCGUCCGUGACGUUCCAACGAAUACGGAAUUACGUGGAUGCCGUGAAUUGCAGCACACUGCCUAGCUUUAAACGGGAACACUUAAUGCAAGGCUUCAACAAUCAGAUGGCCAUUGAAGCGAGGGAAAAAUUCAAGAUAAACAAGAAACAAGCUCGCACAGUGUACGAAAUUUUGCGAUUACGCGCAACGAACGUCGUGAACGAGGAGGAGUACCGAGCGUACAGAUUAGACGUGAAAAGAAGAUUGAACAUACCGUACAAGAGGAAAGAGAACGACGAGAAGAAGUUGGAACGCGCGCUGAUGUACGUGGACAAGCGCGUUAACCCUCUACCACCUUUGGAACAACGUGUACAGAUUCUCGAUAAGGAGUAUCGAUUUUUAGAAGAGGAAUACAAGAGAAUUAUUCAACGUUUAGAAGAUGCUCCCGAACUGUGAAAAAACUUCGCAUGAACUUUUGUCCGUAUUAAUCAACCGAUCAAGAAUUCCUUUUUUAAUGUCGAAAUCGAAAUAUAUUAAUAAUUUACUAUUAUUUA